UGUGUGCGCUGUGCAAGUUGUGCCCGCUGCAUGCCCUGUGUCCGCUGUGCACACUGCGCCUGCUGCAUCCACUGUGCACACUGUGCACGCUGCACCUACUGUGCACGCUGCACCCCCUGCCCCUCCUGUGCCCACUGUGCGCAUUGUGCACGCUGCACCCCCUGCCCCUCCUGUGCCCACUGUGCGCAUUGUGCACGCUGCACCCCCUGCCCCUCCUGUGCCCACUGUGCGCAUUGUGCACGCUGCACCCCCUGCCCCUCCUGUGCCCACUGUGCGCAUUGUGCACGCUGCACCCCCUGCCCCUCCUGUGCCCACUGUGCGCAUUGUGCACGCUGCACCCCCUGCCCCUCCUGUGCCCACUGUGCGCAUUGUGCACGCUGCACCCCCUGCCCCUCCUGUGCCCACUGUGCGCAUUGUGCACGCUGCACCCCCUGCCCCUCCUGUGCCCACUGUGCGCAUUGUGCACGCUGCACCCCCUGCCCCUCCUGUGCCCACUGUGCGCAUUGUGCACGCUGCACCCCCUGCCCCUCCUGUGCCCACUGUGCGCAUUGUGCACGCUGCACCCCCUGCCCCUCCUGUGCCCACUGUGCGCAUUGUGCACGCUGCACCCCCUGCCCCUCCUGUGCCCACUGUGCGCAUUGUGCACGCUGCACCCCCUGCCCCUCCUGUGCCCACUGUGCGCAUUGUGCACGCUGCACCCCCUGCCCCUCCUGUGCCCACUGUGCGCAUUGUGCACGCUGCACCCCCUGCCCCUCCUGUGCCCACUGUGCGCAUUGUGCACGCUGCACCCCCUGCCCCUCCUGUGCCCACUGUGCGCAUUGUGCACGCUGCACCCCCUGCCCCUCCUGUGCCCACUGUGCGCAUUGUGCACGCUGCACCCCCUGCCCCUCCUGUGCCCACUGUGCGCAUUGUGCACGCUGCACCCACUGUGCACGCUGAGCCCACUGCGCCCGCUGCAUCCGCUGUCUGCAUCCCCAGUGCCCGCUGCAUCCGCUGCACCCUCUGCCUCUCCUGUGCCCCCUCCAUCCCCUGCACCCACUCCACUCCCUGCGCCUGCUGCAUCCCCUGGUGUCCAAAUAGCGCCCCCGAGGUGCUGCAGCGUGUCCAGAGAAGGGUGGUGGAGAUGGUGCAGGGGCUGGAGCAGGGACCUGAGCGGGGAGCCGGGGCUGUCGGGGCUGCUAUGCGCAUGGCCUUCCGGGUGUCCAUCUGGGUGUAG